GCCGCCAUGCCUUCCCACGCCUCCCUCACCACCACCUACCGUGCGCGUGCGGCGUUGCCCUCGGUCGGCCCGCUGGCUUCGUACCUCCUCAGCCUGAUAGCCGCCAAGCACUCCAACCUCUGUCUCUCCGCCGACGUCGAGACGUCUGCCGAGCUGAUCCAACUCGCCGAAGACGUGGGCGACUCCAUCUGCCUGCUCAAGACACACUGCGACAUUGUCACCGACUGGUCCGACAGGACCGCCCAGGCGCUGAGGGAAAUCGCCGUCCGCAAGUCGUUCCUCAUCUUCGAAGACCGAAAAUUCGCCGAUAUUGGUGAAACUGUGCAGAAGCAAUACACUUCUGGCCACCACCGCAUCGCUCUGUGGGCCGAAAUCACAAACGCACACGUCCUGCCCGGCCCCGCCAUAGUUACUGCGCUCGAGAAAGCCGCCGAGAAGACCAUUGCCAAAUACAACACAUCGGUCAACACCGAGAUUUCCGCCACACGCCAGGUAAACGGAGCGGACUGCGACGAUGACCAUGACGAGGCCAUGGAAAACCCCAAUUUCUCCAUCGAGUCGCCCAUCGAGAUGGAGGGCGGAGAGAGGCGUCUGAGCAUCCGGCCCCCGAACAGGAAACAAAGCGUUGUGAGCGUUACGACGUCGAUAUCCAUGCGCACAGAAAGCAUAUCGCCUCGGCCGGAACCCAACCAUAAUACCGAAGACGUCUUCAACCUCGAUACCGCAAGCGAGCUGAUCCGCCUCGGUCCGCCGCCGUUUCUGCGCUCCCUCCUGCUGCUCGCCGAAAUGAGCUCCGAGGGCCAUCUCAUGACGCCCGACUACCAGCAGAAGACGGUUGAAAUCGCACGUAAUCACCGGGAUUUCGUCAUGGGCUUCAUUGCGCAACGCAGCUUGAACACGGAACCCGACGAUAACUUCAUUACCAUGACGCCAGGUUGCCAGCUGCCCCCUCCAGGGCAAGAGGGCAAGAAGCUGGGAGACGGCCUGGGUCAGCAGUACAACACGCCUCGCAAGUUGAUUUUGGACCAGGGAUGCGAUGUCAUUAUUGUAGGACGUGGCAUCGUAAGAGCCCACGACCGCAAAUCAGAAGCAGAGCGCUACAGGCAAGCUGCUUGGGCCGCUUACGAGGAGCGUGUACAAAAGGCAUAAGCUUUUGGUCCCACAGGCUUAGUGGGCCAUUUUUGCCACGUACAGAGACAUGGCGCUAUUCUGUGCGUUGGCAACUUACCCUCGGUCUUGGCCCAGGAAAGCUUGUCUUGAAACGGAUCUGGCGUCUUCUAAACACAACAGGCAAAGAUCAUGGCACGGCAUUGGAGCAGGGCGGCUUAGUCGGUUUACGGAACAAGGAGUCAAGGACGGACAAUGUACCACAUAUCAUCAACAUCUUGGUAGAUACAGUACGAUGGCGAUGCACCUCACGAAUCAUGUCCAAUAUCUGAGUUAAUUU